AUGAGUCGCAAGGGUACGGUUUAUUAUCUGUUGAUGAUAAACGGUCCGCCAUUGUCUAAGGGCAUUCAGGUCAGCAUGCUAAUAAUGUUUCAUGCAUCGGAAGACCAACAAGACCAAAUGAGCAAUAUGUCACCAAGUGACAAAUAUUGCGACAAGGAUAACGAUCAUGGAGGGAACAGCAGCAAUAUCGGCGCCGAGAACUUUAGCUCAUCAAAGGGCUUUGAAAACCUGCCACCUGUGCUGUUUAUUACCAAUAGCCAUGCUGUUGCAACAGGCGUGCAUGAAUUUGACAAUGACGAGAUUGAUGAUCCCUAUGAGAGCGAAGAGCCAACUACAUUCUUCAAGCGCAUUGUCAUGGUCGUCAUUGUUGUCCACAUCAUCUGA